AUGGAUGUUUUAAAGUGCAAACGAUCUCAGUUUAGGAGAAUGUUUACAAAAGCUUUAAACGAUUUUGAGAAGAAAGAAAAUGACUUAUUUUUAGACGGAAAAAUUUCGAAACUUAAAUUAGUUGCGGACAAAGCGAAAGCUAUGAUUGAAAUAAAACAGACUUAUAGAGAAGAAUUGAUUAAAAUUGAAAAAGAUGAAACUGUGAUAAAUAAUGAGUUUGAUGAGUCAGAAUGCUAUAUUGAUAAGUGGAGAAUGGUAGAAAGCAAAUUAGUUUCGCUUCUAGCUGAAAAGGAAAACGGUUCUGUUGUUAAUGAAAGCUUAACUCAAAAUGCUACUAUUAUACGUUAUCCUAAGCUUAAACUUCCGAUUUUUGAUGGGAAUAUUAAAAGCUGGUUAGGAUUUUGGGGCCAGUUUAAAAAGAUCGAUAAUGAUCCCAAUUUAGAUGAUCAUGAUAAAUUUGCAUAUUUAUUGCAGUCUAUGGAAAAAGGGUCAUCUGCUGAAGAGUUAAUCAAAAGCUUUCCGCCCGGUGGCGAAAGUUAUAGUAAAGCUUUAGAACAACUGCAAUCGCGUUUUGGGAAAGAAGACCUUCUUAUAGAAGUCUAUACUCAAAACUUAAGAGCAUUAGAAGUUCUGGGUGUUGCUAGAGAUAAAUAUGUGGUGAUGUUCUAUUCUCUAGUCGGAUCGUCAUUGCCGGAUGAUACAUUAAGAGCAUGGCAAAGAUUCCGAGUUAUUAAUCGCAGUCAGAGAGAAUCUGAAAGUAGUGAGCAAAAAGAGAAAAAUGUGUCAACACAUCGCAUGGAUUUAGAUGGUUUGCUUUCAUUUUUGCUCGAUGAAAUUGAAGGUGAAGAGAGAGUAUCUAUAGCUACUCAGUGCUUUACUAAAUAUCAGACUCCUAAGCCUGGGAAUGCUAAACACUUUGGUUUCAAAAACCGUGGAGAAUUUUCCAAAACACCUUCUGCUUCUACUCUAAUAGCAACAUCUGAACAAAAUUCAACUGGAUGUAUUUUUUGUGCUGGAAAUCAUGCAUCUGGUGAUUGCUUUAAAGCAAGAAAGAUGACGUCUGAGGAAAGGCAAAAAGCAGUUCUAAAUAGUCGCAGUUGCUUUUUAUGUUUAGACAGAAAACAUGUAAUAGCUAAAUGUAAAAAACGAACAUCGUGUGUGAUUUGUGGAAAGAAACAUCACAUACUUUUAUGUAGAAAUAUCCAAGAUGAAUCAAAAUCUCCAGUUCCUGUUAGCACGAAUAAGGAUGAAAAUACGGAUGCAGUACCUGAACGAGAUGAAACCCUCGCCAAUUUGGCGAGAACAACAAAUGUGUUUUUGCAAACUUUAACGGUUAUAUUGAAAGGGCGAGAUAGAAAGCGCCAGGCCCGUGCUAUUAUCGUUUCAGCUUCACAAAGAUCUUUUAUUCUAAAAAGCACUGCAAAUGAAAUGAAAUUUGAGAGUACAUCUAAAAAAAGAUUGAGCCAUUCAUUAUUUGGCGGGUCAUGUACUGAUGUCAUAAACCACGAUGUUUUUACAGUGUUCUUGUCUAAAACGGAUGGAACUUAUCAUUGUAACUUCAAAGCUCUUAGCCAAGAUAUUAUUUGUGGAAGUAUACCACCAGUUGCUAAUGGCGAGUGGAUUCAAGAGCUUAAAGAGAACAAUAUUUCCGUAUGCGACGAUAGUAAUGGACCAAUAGAAAUACUUAUUGGCGCUGACAUUGCAGAUUCACUUGGAAUUCUAGAUCCAUCAGAGAAGAAAAGUAAACUGGAACUUCAAGAAGAAGCAAGAGAUCAUUUCUUGUCUACUGUAAAGGUGAACGAAGAGGGACGUUUUCAAGUCAGCUUACCAUGGCUUGAUAACCAUCUACCGUUAAAAGAUAACUAUGACUUAGCUGUAAAGAGAUUAGCUUCUACAGUAAAACGACUAAAAGCUGAGAAACUUUAUGAUGCUUAUGGAGAAGUUUUUAGUGAAUGGGAACAAGAACGCGUCAUAGAAGAAGUACCAAAAAGCAAAAUUGAUGUAACAUGCCAUUAUCUACCACAUCGACACGUAGUAAAAGAAAACAAUACUACAGGAAUCAGGCCAGUGUUUGAUGCCUCAGCCAAACAAAAAGGAUCAACCUAG